AUGCACAGGCAACAUGGGAUAGGCGCCGGUACUAUAUUUAUUGUUCCUGUAACAAAACACGAUAAAGGUCGAAGUCCAAAACAACAAGCACAAAUACAAAAAAUUCAGCAGGGAAAAAAUGGUAUUCAGUCUCGUGGCGUACCUGGAAGCAGUGGGACAAAGUACUAUUCAAAUGAUCCACAACCACUGUUAACACUCGGUUAUCAAAUUGAUAACAUUGGUGACCCAUUAGGUACUGGGUCAUACGCUCGUGUCAAAAAAUGUAUCCGUACGAGUGAUGAUAUGAUAUUUGCCGUUAAAAUAAUCGAUAGAAAAGCGGCCGUAGCAGAUUUUGUUCAAAAAUUUUUACCAAGAGAACUAGAUAUAAUACGGACAUUAGACCAUCCGAAUAUUGUUAAAACCCAUGAUAUUUAUGAGUCAAGUAACCUUACCUACAUUGUAAUGGAAUACGCACAAGGAGGAGAUCUAUUAGAUUACAUAAAUAAAAUGGGUCGAUUAAAAGAACAUGUCGCAAAACGGAUGUUCGGUGAAUUAUGUGAAGCCAUUCAGUAUAUUCAUUCACGAGACAUUUGUCACAGAGAUUUAAAGUGUGAGAAUUUGUUAUUGGACAAAUAUGAACGAAUAAAACUAGCCGAUUUUGGUUUUUCACGAUUUUGUUACGAUAAAUAUCACAAAAAAACGUUGAGUCGAACGUUUUGUGGUUCUGCCGCUUAUGCAGCACCAGAAAUUCUCCGUGGACAAGAAUAUAAUCCUAAAUUGUAUGAUAUAUGGAGUAUGGGAUGCAUCCUAUAUAUCAUGAUCUAUGGAACAAUGCCCUAUGAUGAUAGUGAUAUUAAGAAAAUGGUACAAGCACAACAACAAGGUAUCCGAUUUGAUAAAGAUGAUAAAAAUCGUUUAGGAGAAUUGAAUAAAUAUGUUGAAGUCAACGGGUUAAUAUCAGCCAUGCUGCAAAUAGAUGUUACCAUUCGGUUAAAUAUUGAAUUAGUUCGACGACAUUCUUGGCUAGUAAAAGUUGUAGGACAACCAUAUGUAGAUGAAAAUGCUGAGAAAAAAGAAAAAUCAAAUUAUCAACAAUCACAAUCACAACAAACAAACCGAACACCCUUCAAACUUCGUAAUUAUUAUGAACAACAAGCUGUCGUGUAA